AUGAAUGAAAAUCGAGGCCGAAGGAGAUUCAAGAUUCCUAUCCAAUGUUACGAACAAGAACAGGAGGUUUUGGUAGAUACGGGUGCAGCAAUUAGCACUGUCUCUAAGAAAGUGGCAGAGCAACUAGGCUUACCUCAAUUUGUUGUGGAUACACAGGUCAUCAGUAUAUUAUCCAACACUAGAGCUUGA